AUGCAGUUCGCUUUAGUCUCGAUUCUUUUCGCCCUUGGCGUCUACGCCAAGAAUGGAUUUCCCGACGGCCCAGACUGCGUCUCACUAGGCAAAGGGAGUGACGGUUUAGAAAUUUUUCGUGACAAUGACGGCUGCUGUCUUCUCCCUGCCCGUUGCGGUAAUGAAGCCGGCGUUAACUGCCGUCGCGAGAACGAGGGUCCCAAUGGUCUACCGAUCAAUACAAAAAGGGUUAACUUCAAAAUUCGUCAUACAAAACAUGAUGACUCCGAUGCCUACCCUAGGAUAAGAGAUAGACCUUUGUAUUACAAACAGUUGACUGGAUGGACGUCACUUUCAUCCCUUCACAAGCUGAAGGACUGCGUCGACAAUCUCUUCAGCCGCAGUAGCGAGAAACGCACGACGCGCCUUCUCAACUAUGACUACCCUGUUGAUCGCCCCUACAGCUGCAUACGUCUCCUGUCCCGUUCGGGGCACAACACGAUCAGCCCCACACACAACGUAACCAGCCUUGUUGUCUUUAUGUCGGAAGAGACAGUACUUGUGGUUGCGCGUGUCUUCGGAUGA